AAGCGUAACAAAAGAGCAGUGCGGUGGCAGCUGCUCGCUGUGGAUUUGUUUUUAUUUUCGUUUCGAGGUGUUUUGAUGUUGUCACACGAAUUCACUCUCUGCACCAGCCCUUACUCAAGUAAUUUAUUUUGUUGCGAUCCUGAGAUUUAGAAAGUCGAUCUUUAUUUUGAUGUGAAGUUUCGCAGGCCAUUUUAGGCAACUUGUGACAUUUGUGCGUGAGAAUAAACGACAAACGAGAGCAAUAACUAGGCUUACGCAAGACGGAGCGAAAACGUUAGCAGCCUUAUUUAAAGCAAUAUGACACAUCCUGCUGUAUAUUUAAUCUCGAUUGGAGUAGCUGUAGGGGUUGCACUGUUCGCAUUUUUCGCCAAUGCACCUCAGUACAAUCGCACAGGCCAGCAUCGAUCCCAUAGGACUUUUGAUUUUGAAUACGUGGAUAAUUCCAGAGAAUGCACGAUUUGUAUUAGUAAUAUAACAUCAGACUUGACCUACUUGGACUGCGGUCAUGCCUUCCACAGGCGGUGCAUCCGAAAGUGGCUUAAUACAAGCGACACCUGCCCCAAUUGCAAGCAAAUCCAACGGAAUCAGAUCUGAAAGUUCGACUUUGAUCCAAACCCUGCUUGAGUUACAGUCGCAUCACGGAUAUUCCGUCGAGUGAUGAGAGUUUAAACGAGACCAUCGGCGAAAGAGUGUCGUGUGCUUCGUUUGUGUUUAUUAAAUUGAUAUUACGAAUUGUGAUUUUAGCAAUAAAAAUGUAAUAAUAAAGCAGAUUUGUAUUAGAUUCAAA